GCCGCUGAUUGGUCCGUCGCUUUCUCCUUCCUCUCGAACCUUCCAGGCCGGUUUUGUGUCAAAGAUGUUCGGGCAGCAGGUUUUAGUCCUCAAUCAGAACGUGAAGAGAGAGUCUGGGAGAAAGGUUCAGACCGGGAAUAUCAACGCUGCCAAGACCAUUGCAGAUGUGAUCCGGACCUGUCUUGGCCCUCGGGCCAUGAUGAAGAUGCUGCUGGACCCGACCGGAGGCAUCGUCAUGACCAACGAUGGCAACGCCAUCCUUCGAGAGAUCCAGGUGCAGCAUCCGGCCGCCAAGUCUAUGAUGGAGAUAAGCAGGACCCAGGACGAGGAAGUGGGAGAUGGGACUACAUCCGUCAUUAUCCUGGCUGGUGAGAUGCUUUCUGUGGCUGAGCAGUUCCUGGAACAGCAGAUGCAUCCCACAGUGAUCAUCGGAGCCUACAGGAAAGCUCUAGAUGACAUGCUGGACGUGCUCAAAGAGAUCAGCAUUCCCGUGGAUACUUCUGACCGCUCCAUGAUGCUGAAGAUCAUACACUCGGCCAUAAACACCAAAGCUCUGAGUCGCUGGUCUGAUCUUGCCUGUUCCAUCGCUUUGGACUCUGUGAAGACCAUCGAACUCGAGGAGAAUGGGCGCAAGGAAAUAGACAUCAAGAAGUAUGCCAAAGUGGAAAAGGUCCCUGGAGGAAUCAUCGAGGAUUCAUGUGUGCUCAGAGGAGUCAUGAUCAACAAAGAUGUGACUCACCCAAGAAUGAGACGCAUCAUCAAGAACCCAAGAAUCGUACUUCUCGACUGCUCUCUGGAGUACAAGAAAGGAGAAAGCCAGACGGACAUCGAGAUGUCGAAGGAGGAGGACUUUACUCGGAUCCUUCAGAUGGAGGAAGAGUACAUCCAACAGAUCUGUGAAGACAUCAUCAGACUGCAGCCCGACCUGGUCUUUACUGAGAAGGGCAUCUCAGACCUGGCACAGCACUAUCUGGUGAAAGCGAACAUCACAGCGAUCCGCCGUGUCCGAAAGACCGACAACAAUCGCAUCGCACGGGCCUGUGGCGCACGCAUCGUUAGCCGCACAGACGAGCUGCGUGAGGAUGACAUGGGACUCGGAGCUGGACUCUUUGAGGUCAGAAAGAUCGGAGAUGAAUAUUUCACCUUCAUCACAGAAUGUAAAGACCCCAAAGCCUGCACCAUCCUCCUGAGAGGUGCCAGCAAGGAGAUCCUGGCUGAGGUAGAGCGCAACCUUCAGGAUGCGAUGCAGGUUUGUCGUAACGUGGUUCUGGACCCUGCACUGCUGCCAGGAGGGGGUGCUGUGGAGAUGGCAGUGUCGAAGCGAUUGGCCGAACAGUCACGGGCGCUGAAGGGGGUGGAGCAAUGGCCGUACCGCGCCGUGGGACAGGCGCUCGAGGUUAUACCCAGAACGCUCAUCCAGAACUGUGGAGCUUCUACCAUCAGAGUGCUCACCUCACUCAGGGCGAAGCAUGCAACGGAGGGAGGCAGCUCGUGGGGUGUGAACGGAGAGACUGGCAUCAUUUGUGACAUGACAACCCUAGGAAUCUGGGAACCACUCGCUGUGAAGGCUCAGACCUACAAGACGGCAGUGGAGACGGCCAUUUUGCUGCUGAGGAUUGAUGACAUUGUCUCUGGACACAAGAAAAAAGACAAAGACGAACAAACCGGAGGAGCCGGAGCAGAAUGAGGACCGGGUCUGCAGACAGGGGGAGCGAUAUAGGCGUGCUGUGUUGUGAUAGUUUCGAGUUUGUACCUGUUCAAGUCAAUAAAAUUCUCAAACUCACUGGUUUUACUCAUGGUUCAGUGACUCAUUGGUUCAGUUCAAUGAUUCAGAUGUUUAGGGCUGUAGUCCUUCAGUUUAGUCAAUCAGUCGAUGGGGUUUAUACUUGUGUCUGAACAGAUGAACUUGGCACCUUAAGGCGUCUGGAAAUUGGACCAAGGAUGAACCAGACUUGUGCAAGUCCCACAAUUCUGAUAUCUUGGCUGAUUUCUUUUGACUUUCCCGUGAUAUUACACAAAGAAGCAGUGUGUUUCAGGUGUGUCUUCAAAUACAUCCAUAGGUGUGUGUCUAAUGAACUGAAAUGUUGUCAAAUAAAUCAGAAGCUUCCAAAGAC